AUGAAGACGCGAGUGCUGUCUUCGCCCGACACACAUUCCACCACAGGAAGUGACACGCCUUUGGCCAUUCUCAACAGGCCUUUGGGGCCGGAGUUCGUGCAGCGCAGAGCAGGUCCCGGCGGGAGCAAGCUGUCGUACCUGAGUAGCUCCGAUGCCACGUAUGUGGCCAACUUGGUGCUUGGCAAUGACCGCUGGAGUACGGAAGUACUUCGCCAGGAGGAGAGUGAACCACGCCAGGAAGGCGGUAAGUGGGUGGUUGAUGCAGUGUGCAGAGUCCGUGUGACCGUACAUUGGGCGACGCGAGGAGCACCUACUUUCCAUGAAAGCACUGGUUACGGUGGUGGCAGCAAGGGUGCGAAGACACGCGGUGACGCUGUGGAGAUGGCCGUCAAGGAGGCGGAGACGGAUGCGUACAAACGAGCCCUGUGCAUGUUCGGUGAAGCAACCGGGAAUUGCUUCUACGACAAGAAUUAUCUUGCAUGGAUUGAGAAGAUGCGUACCCGAGAAGGGAAGCACGACCCCUCGAAGCAGUUUACGCAUGAGCAGCUGUUGCGGAAAUCAGCGCGUACAUUGCCGAGAGGCAGUCAGCAGAGCCUUUCUUUCGAGUCUCAGAAGAACGGAGUCAAGGUUGCUGGGCCGUUGCGGGCGGUGCCCCCGGAUGAGUUUUACGACGAUGUCUUUGAAGACGAUGUAGGGUUUGAGCUAUAA